CGUACGUGACCUAGCUAGGGUGCGAGGCGAGGCGAGACGAGGACGAGAUGAGAUCCAAACCCAAUCUGCAGCCCACGAAAGAAAAGAUUCUUGUUCGUCGACGACCCGGCCUCUACCUCUCGCUGUCGCUGCCUUUCUUUCGCUCUCAGCCUCUCUCUCUCUCGGCCAAUUAAGCUGCAGAUCGGCCACCACCACCACAGGGCGCUGCAGGCUGGGGCCGGGGACGGGCCGGCCGGCCGGACUCUACUCGAGAUAGAGAUUAAGUAGGGCAUAGAGAGAAAAGGCAGCUCGUAAUUAAGCUAGAGCUUUGGGCAGAUCAGCUGCAGAUGCUGCAUGGAGGAGCAGCUGCGGCUCUAGCAGAUUGCUGAAUUCUCCGGCCUGCUUGAGAUCGAUCUAGCGAGAGAGAGGGAGGGAGGAAGGGAAGAGGAGAGAUCUCGAGCGGCCGGCCCGCCGGAGCGGAGAUGGGGAGAGGCAAGGUGGUGCUGCAGCGGAUCGAGAACAAGAUCAGCCGGCAGGUGACGUUCGCCAAGCGGCGGAACGGCCUGCUCAAGAAGGCGUACGAGCUGUCCAUCCUCUGCGACGCCGAGGUCGCGCUCGUCCUCUUCUCCCACGCCGGCCGCCUCUACCAGUUCUCCUCCUCAUCCAACAUGCUUAAGACCCUUGAGAGAUACCAGAGGUACAUUUACGCUUCCCAAGAUGCUAGUGCACCAGCUAGCGAUGAGAUGCAGAACAAUUAUCAGGAAUAUGUGAACUUAAAGGCACAAGUUGAGGUUCUGCAACACUCACAAAGGAAUCUUCUAGGUGAGGAUUUGGCUCCACUGAACACAGAUGAACUUGAUCAGCUUGAGGGUCAGGUAGUCAGAACAUUGAAGCAAAUCAGAUCGAGAAAGACUCAGGUACUAGUUGAUGAACUCUGCGACCUAAAGAGAAAGGAACAAAUGCUACAAGAUGCAAACAGCGUCCUGAAAAGGAAGCUGGACGAGAUCGACGUCGAGACACCUUCCCCACAGCCUACGUGGAACGGCAACUGUACUGGCAAUAGCGGUGGCGGCGGCGGCGGAGUGUUUUCCAGUGAGCCUCCGCAGCCAGAGCACUUCUUCCAGGCCCUGGGGUUUCAUGCCGUGGAUGUGAACCAGCCGCCGGCGCCGCCGCCGGGCGGCUAUCCUCCCGAGUGGAUGGCCUAGCUUUGCUGGCUAAUUAGCGACCGCAGCUAUCAUCGUUUCAGUUAAUCACGGUCAAGCGUCCUGCCUGCCUAGCUUGAAGCAUCAUAUGUACGGAUUGUAUGUUGCUUCCUCAAUUUCUCUCCUCACUCUUUUAAUUUGUUGCUUGAUUAAUAUAUAAGUGUGUUUGCCAAACUAUUUAAAGUGUAAUGCACUGAUGAUCGCUCGCUAUGUAUAGCUUGUCAUGUAUGAACAGCUUGUAGCACUACCAGCA